CACGUUGGCAGGCAGAUAUAGGGAUUGAGGAGGAGGGAUGAACUGGACUGUUAAGUGCUGCAUAGCUUUUGUGCAAUAAGCACUGAGGAAAUUGUGUUAUGACAAGUUUGGUAAACAACUCAAAGAGGUGAUUGAAUGUUGUGUGUCUAGUUGUUAUCGGUUGGUGUGAUUCUGACGCAGUUAGUUAUAAGCUACUGUAGACUUUUAGUCGUUUGAUGAUAUGGUGGGCUACUCAUGAAUAUUCCCAGUCUUAAAAUCAUCAUAGGCUACCUGGAUCUGAAGAAGCUACUGUACACAAGAGGCCGUUGGAGAUAGGCUACAGCCUUAACAGCUUAUAGGUUACAGCAAAUUCGUGCAAAGACUGGGAAAACAGACUGGUCAGAGACAGCAAAAACAGGUCAGAUAAGACUGUGGACUUGACGGCACUGCGUUAGCUACUGCAUCUUUAAGUGUAAACUAAUCUAUUUGGUCAGCUAUGGAAACCAGGACUUCUAACACAUUCGCUUAAAGUCGUUUGCGAAGUGCACUUCAUAUUUCUAAUGCAGGAAGGAUACACCAACGAACUUGAGACUUUUCGAUUUUCGCUCUGCAGCAGUUGAUAUAGCCUAAAGUGGUCAAUGGUAACAAAUUAACAAUACAAUUUCAUAGCUAGUUGUUUCUACAUCUGACAACGAUGUUUUGUAACGCAAGACGGAUCUGCCCCUGCGGUCGUCCGCAUGUGACUAUCCGUCAGAUCAUGACUCUACACAGAUUGUCGUUGCGGUUGCGACAGGCGAUCAUGACUCUACACAGAUUGUCGUUGCGGUUGCGACAGGCGGUGACCCAAGCCCGGCACUUGCACAGUAGCAGGAGGGGCCAGCAGCUGGAAGCAGUGGCUGUGGAGCCUGAGCUGCCCAAAGAGCUGUCUUUCUUCAGGACCAGAGAGAGUGACCCAGCCUGCCAUGCUGAGGUACAUAUGGGCCAGUACUACACCUUGUCCCCCGUCCACCUGCGCACCGUCUUCCCACAUGGACUGCCGUCCCGUUUCCAGCUACAGAUGAAGACAUUUAAUGAGACAUGUGUGAUGGUGAGGCAGCCCGCCCUGGAGCUUAUAUCUCAUCUGAAGAAGGCAGACUACAGCAAGCCUGCCGUGCGCUACAUGUUCUAUGGGGCAAAUGGCUGUGGAAAGACGAUUUCACUCUGUCAUGCACUCCACUACUGUUACACACAGGGAUGGCUGGUGCUACAUAUACCUGACGCUCACCUAUGGGUGAAAAACUGCAAGGAGCUCCUGCCAUCCACGUUCUCCCCCUCACGCUUUGAUCAGCCAAUUGAAGCCUCCCACUGGCUUCGAAACUUUAAAAUCACCAAUGAACCCCUCCUAUCAAAGCUGAAGACCACUCAGCGGUACGUGUGGACUAAAAGAGAGAGCACCGAGGAGGGGCGCACACUGGCAGAGCUGGUGGAGCAGGGGGUGGCUCGUGUGAGGACCAGCAGUGAUGUGGUGGGGGCGCUGCUGAAGGAGCUCCGUCUGCAGGCGGGGCAGCCCAUGGAGGGCAGGCAGGAGGGCUUCCGUCUGGCCGUGGCGGUGGACGGUGUGAACGCACUCUGGGGCCGCACCUCGCUUAAGAAGGAGGACAAGAGUGUGGUGGCUCCAGAGGAGUUGACCUUGAUCCACAACUUGAGAAAGAUGAUGAAGAAUGAUUGGUGUGGUGGUGCUGUGAUCUCCUCUCUCUCCCAGACGGGUUCCCUCUUCAAACCCAAAGAUGUGUACCUGCCCCAGGAGCUGCUUGGAGAGGAUGGUUUUGAUGACAUGGAUCCCUUUGUACCAGUCCCAGUCUCCAAUUACAGCGAGAAGGAAUCUGAGAGUUGCUAUCUGUAUUACAUGGACCGGAACUGGCUACAGCAUCCACACAGUCGAACAGAAGAAGGAAAGAAAGAACUCCUCUUCCUCAGCAACAGAAAUCCCAACGUCUUGGAGAGACUAUGUGCGUCACUGUAACGUCCUGCCACGAACAAACAGAAGUUCAAACAAACACAAACGUGUAAAAACGAUGUACAUCAGAAUACCUGGGUUAUUGUUUUUCUCUCUGAAACUGCUCAGAAAGCGAUCACCAGUUCAGAGGUGGAUCCAUGUCCCUUCCACACCACAUCACAGGCAGCGGCUGCCUGAAUACUCAUAAUCAUGUGUUGGCCACUUGUUCUGUAAAUUGUACACUGUAUCGCAUGGUCAUUUUUUCAUAUUAAAAUACUUUGGAGAAAGCA